UAUCGAGUAUCUGUUUCCAAUCAACGACAACAUAAAAACGUCCCCAUUUAAAUGUUAACAUUGAAACAUGUUCAUAGACUAUAAAGAGCAUCUGUUACCUGCUACCCACAAAAAAGUUUGUGUUUGUGGUUGUAAAGCUGCGUGGUUACAAGCAGCAGGAAGAACAGGCGUGUUCACAGAGGCCGAGUUCCUGUUCUCAGAUCACACAGGAACUAUUCAGACACUUCCCACUGUGUCAGGAUGAAGGUGAAGAUCUUCUGCUGCCUGUUAGCCUGCACUCUGGGCUCUAAUGUCACUGCUGGUUUAACCCAUGAAGUAUUUAAGGAGGGGACACAGGUCAGUCUGCGCUGUCCUCACUCUGUGGAGGGUAAAGUGAGGUGGAGCAGAGAGAGUGGAGGAAACAGAACUGACAUACUUACAGCUGAUGGAGACGGAAAUAUAAAACACAUCAAUGAUCCACAGAAACGAUACAGUUCACUGGCUGAUCGAUCUCUGAUCAUCGUCAGAGCUUCUGUCUCAGACUCUGGCAGAUACUUCUGUAACCAUGAAGCAGCUGUGGAGCUGACAGUGAUCCCAUCAGGAACUAAAAUAGUGAGUGUUGCAGAGAGGAGCAGCAUCACUCUGAACUGUUCUCAUGAUGUUGGAGGAUCAGCUGUUCCAACAUGGAGCAGAGACUCUGGAGAAAUAAAUGAAGGAAGGAUUUCUGUUCCCACUGAGGACAAAACAUUAAGUAUAAGAGAAGCUGAGCCUGCUGACUCUGGACUGUACUACUGUGAUGGAAAACCAGCUGUUUAUCUGAAUGUGACCAAAGGACAGAGAUCUGACAGAGAUAAUAUGACAACAACAACAACUACUACUACAAAAACAACAACAACACCAACUACUGCUACAACUCAUAAAGCAUCAGUAACACCUGCAUCACCCACUGAGGCUCCAUCAGUGCAGAGUUUCCUGAUUGGAACUGGUCUUCUUCUUCUCUCCACCCUCAUCCUCAUCACUGUCUACUUCAUUUGGAGAUGCAGGUCCAACAGACGAGGGGAUGACAAACAGGGCCACGUCUAUGAUGAGAUACCAGCUGGAGCAGAACUUCAUGUUGUAAAUGGACUACAAACAGAGUGUCCAGGAGGCUCAAACCACAGUGAUGCCACAUACGACACCAUCGCUGAGCUGCCACAGACUGGAAACAACACCAGUAACACCUAUUUUCCACAUUCCUUGACUGCUUCCACUUUUCAUGCUGGAAAUAAUAAAGGAGGAUCAAACCACAGUGAUGCCACAUACGACACCAUCGCUGAGCUGCCACAGACUGGAAACACGAGCGAUUCUCCGUAUUCUGUGAUUGGUGCCACGUUUAGUGAUGGAAAUAAAAAAGGUUCUUCACAGCCCGUCAACAACACGUAUUUCUUACUGGAGAAACCCAAAGCAUGAAGAAGCGGGCCGGACCAGUUUAGUUUCACCUGAAUGCUCUGCUGUCAGGAACAAUCUCACUCAGCACAGAUGUUUAUGGGAA